UCCGGUAAAAAAUUGCCCGGACUUGUUUUUCUUCCGUUUGUCAAUCGUGAGACUCGCGUGAAUUGAUGCAGAGUUCACCCCAGGUUUUUGCUCUUCCUGUGACGAAAUCCCUUCAAAAGCAACAGGAACGAGUGAUCGAGGAAAAAAACGAUGGAUCAUAAGAGUAAAAAGAGAAAGACAUCACAAGAUUCUCCACCAUCACAAGUUGUUUUUCCUGGCAGUGCAGAACUCCCGAAGCAAUCUCAACCUCAACCUCAACCUCAAUCCCAGAGCAUCAUCAUCCACAUGAUGGACAUUGCCGAGCCACUGACUAGCCUCAAGAAAGCCCUGAUGCAGAGGUUGCAGUGCAAUCUCAUGGACCAUGAGAUAUACCUGCAGAACGAAAGACUGAUGGAGGAGGACAAGAGUUUAGUGGAGCAAGGCAUAAAUGCUGAAGGGAUCUUGCAGUUCAGUGUGGAGGUCAACUCUUCUCAAGGAAUGAAACCAAGGUUGAACAUAGUUGACGUCAUCAAGCCAAUUACCAUUGAAGUUGUAGAUAAUAAUCCUCAAGUCACAGAAGUCCCAGAUACCUCCAAGUGUAGAUGGAUGGUUUGCAACAGCUACAAGGAAGAACAAGAAAGACUGGGAAUACCAGAAGAGCCCAAAAACUGGAGCAAAGACCAAACCCUGCACUGGCUGGACUGGGUGUGCCAGGAGUUCAAGAGGGACCACUCGACCCUGCCGUUACACCUGCACAUCGACGGGCAUAAGCUAUGCUCAUUGACCAAGCAAGAAUUCGUCUCUGGCUUGCCCAGGCAGUUAGGGGAGCUCAUGUGGUUUCAUUUGGGCCUUCUGAAAAAGAACCAGGACACUUGUGGUAUGAAGGUACCCGAACGGGAUCUGCGCAUCACGGCGUUUGGCUCCGAGGACAAGCUGAACUCACACGGGAACAGAACAGGGAAUAACGGUCAGAUUCAGUUAUGGCAGUUCCUGUUGGAGAUGCUGACAGAUCCCAAUAUGAUCCACUGCAUCUCCUGGGUGGGCACCCAGGGGGAGUUCAAGCUGCUGGACUCGGAGCUUGUGGCUCAGAAAUGGGGAGAACGGAAGAACAAACCCCAAAUGAACUACGAGAAGUUAAGCAGGGCCCUCAGGUAUUACUAUGACGGAGACAUGAUUGCCAAAGUCCAUGGCAAGCGCUUCGUCUAUAAGUUUGUCUGCGACCUCAAGCACCUCUUGGGCUACAGCGCGGAGGAGCUGUCGGCGCGGGUGACGCAGUGCAGCAAGAGCAAAGCCAAGAUGCUGCCCAUCCCGCGGAACCCCAGCGACCCCGACUCGCAGAAAUACUUCAUUGAAAAAGUCAUGACGGGCCUUUAUGCUAAACCCUGAUGUUUCCAGUGAUGAGCAACUGAAAUACUGUAUUCAUGUGGAGUUGUACCGCAUAUAAUACCUUGGGAAAGCGCUGAUAUCGGUUGGACUGAUGUUCAGUGAAACUACCUCUAAAAAACUGACGUCCUUUCUAAAAGAGCUGACAGAUCCAGAAAAACAAUGGGAUUUCACCUCCAUUCUGGGAUAGCGUUGCCAGACAGUUUUUCUAGACGAGGAUCUGAUCACCAUAGUGCUGUGAUUAUCAAGGAGUCUUUUCCCUGUUACGAAGAGAAGAAAAGAGCUUUGGGGUUGAUAAAUUAGUAUUGACAUAUUUGCUUCGAGGAGUUACAUCCUACUUUCCAAGUGAUGAUCUUUGGAUAUCC